CUGAUUUCUCAUUCCCUUAUCCGUAUCAAACCAAUUCCCAGCCAAGCCAUAGCUUCCUUCACCCUCUCUUCUUCCACCAUUUGUCUUUUCCCUUUCUCUCUCCCUCCUCUCUGCUGCCAGCUUACUCCCCUCAUCCUCAUCCCCCCCAUUCCUUCCCUUAUUUUUUUUCCUUCUCCUCCUCUGCUUUUUAACUUCGAGGGAGGCUUCUUCACUUCUUCUUCCUUUCGGAACCCUCGACUGGUCGCUGCUCUCUAAACCCUUUUUCCCCCAUCUCUCCUGAUUCAAUCGAGGGUUCUCUUUCCAAGAAGCUAGAGCUACUUCGUUAUAUGCUCUAAUGGCUUUGUGGUCUAUACUGCUCGACAUUCUCCAGAGGCCCAGCCCUUUUGCUGUCAUGGGCGAGCUCUCCAUGCUGGUAGCUCCUCUCUGGAUUGCGGUUCUUGUUGGCGUUCUCGUUGGAUGGUCAUGGCGGCCCAAGUGGGCAAUUUUGGCUAAUCAAUCAGAUACUGCUCCAGAGUCCUCGAGCUUCAAGCUUCAGCUGCCCAGCUGCAUCUCCUGGAUUUCCAGUGACGAUUCUUCCAGUCUACCUCCCCCACCUACUACUACUACCCUCGCUUCUGAUUCAAGCUCCUCGCAGCUGGGAAAGGGGAAAACGAGUAUUGUGUCAACGGAUGAUUUGCAGUACUUGUGUAAGCUUGUGGAAGUCAAAGAUGGCGGUCCUGCUUGGAUUCAAAUGAUGGACCGUUCUACGCCUACCAUGGGCUACCAAGCUUGGAGGAGAGAUCCUGAGAGUGGACCUCCCCAAUACCGUAGCAGAACUGUUUACGAGGAUGCUACUCCUGAAAUGUUGAGGGAUUUCUUUUGGGAUGAUGAAUUCAGAAAGAAGUGGGAUGACAUGCUCAUACAUUCUGAGACUCUGGAGGAGUGCCCAACUACUGGAACCAUGAUGGUCCAGUGGGUUCGGAAGGUAUUUACAGAAACUUACAUUUUGCUCUUUUUGUGUGCUGCUGUCCAUUUUCACACCGGCGAUUGGAUUCUUAUCUCAGCUGCCUCAUUGCUCUCUUGCAGUUUCCUUUCUUCUGUAGCGACAGAGAGUACAUCAUUGGUCGCCGGAUUUGGGAAUCGGGCAGAACAUACUACUGUGUUACUAAGUAUCUUAACUAGCCUGCAUUGUGUUCUUCCCCAGGGAGUUAGCAAUUCUGUUCCAAGGCGCAACAAACCACGCCGUGUUGAUUUGUACUAUUCUAGCUGGUGCAUCCGUGCAGCGGAAUCAAAGAGAGACGGACAGCUAACUGCAUGUGAGGUGCUACUGUUCCACUACGAGGACAUGGGAAUCCCGUGGGAGAUUGCAAAGCUUGGAGUGAGACAAGGGAUGUGGGGAGCUGUGAAGAAGAUUGAGCCCGGUUUAAGAUUGUAUCAGAAAGAGCGAGGAUCCGGGGCUCCACUCUCGCGUCAGGGUUACAUGGCUCAGAUCAACUCCAAAGUCAGUAUAGACUACCUGAGAACAUUGGAAAACAGCAGCAGCAUUAGUAGUUCAUCCGAAUCCGAGAUUGAAACCUCCGAAGGUUCGUCCGAGAAGGCGCAAGGAAGAGGGAGCAUACCUAAGGUUCUCGUAGUAGGUGGAGCAAUUGCUGUAGCAUGUUCCCUCGACAGAGGUCUCCUCACAAAGGCACUCAUAUUUGGAGUAGCAAGAAGGUUUGCUAAUAUCGGGAAGAGAUUAUGAUAUGGAGAAAAAUUCUUUCAUUUUGCUUCAUUCAGUCAUGAGCUGUGGUGAAAUGAAGGGGGGAAAGGUGCAAUCCGGGACGGGAAUUUUGUCCUUGGACUGCCCAGCCUAUUUGAAGAAGGGGAGAUGAUGAAGCUUUUAUUGUAUUCUUUUCCUUUUCAUUUUUGGUUCUGUCAUGCGUUCUGGGUUUGGAGCUGUUGCAGCUUUUCAGGAAGGAGUGGAUGAUGAUACAUAAUACGUAGUGGAUAGCUGUAUACAGUAGAGAAACAACAAAGGUCUAACAAGUUGUGAUGAAGCAAAUGAAGAAAACCCUAGAGUUGCAUGCACAAAAUAACAAGAGAACAAUGACCAGUUCUUUUUUCUUGGUGGGAUUGCCGCUUCACUGAUCACUAUUGUUAUUGUUACCCUCUUUGAUGUGUUUGAUGUAACGGGCGGUGGACUGUCCACUUCAGAUUUCAGGCAUGCGUGCAUUCUUUCCAUUUGUGAUACAGCAGGAGCAGCAGAUAGCGAUCAAAGUUGUGGGAUUUGCCGGUGGUUGGAGGUGGAAAUUGGGAAUAUGUUUGGAGGGGUGGAAAAGGAGAGGUUUCUGUCUGUGUAAUUUUGGGGCACCUAAUAUAAUAAUGCAGGCCAUUCAUUGCUGUCUCUGAUUCUCUGUUUGCCUUGUCCUUUUUGAGUUUUGGUAGGUGUGGUUUGGCUCUUGUUCUGCGUUGCCAAUAGGAGUGGCUAUACGGUCCGGUUCGCUUAAAUUGGCUCGAAUUGAUCCGGUUCUUGUUCGGUCUUUCCGUGAAUAUAAGGACCAAAAAAAUUGAAUUGGAUGUAGUCUGGUCUUGAUCCGGUUCAGUCUCAA